ACAUGGUGCCGACGGCAACAUAAUUUAAUCUCCGAUAUCCCAGAGAUAUGUCUAAAAGUAGCAAUUAAUUCACACGUAGGCCAGAGCAACGCUGAGCGGUAUGACCCGACGCUCAUCCUUCCAACUUCCGCUGUCAUCAUCGUGUAAUAAUGGCAUUCCUCGGUCUCCGCAAAUGGCCCACUCCUGUCUUCAAGCCCUUGUGGCCAUUCCUCACUGCAGGAUUGAUCACUAUCUACGGUGUAUCUCAAAUCCAGGAUUUGGCCGUUAGAUCACCAACAUACACUGAGGACCCCAAAAACCCAUACGCGGCCAGGAUAGCGAAGGAGAAGGCAAUUGCCCACCACUAGAAGGUGCUCUGCAGAUAAACAAGCUGAUUUCGGUUGAUUUGUUAUCUGUCGUUGUCCAGCAAAUAUGAAGUUCUGCAAUGCAACCAAUGUCGUCGUUCUUUUAAGCGUUGGUGUGGCCUGAAACUUGUCAUUUGAAAGUGAACC